AUGAUGAUAAAUCCCAACGAUGCAUCAAGCUUUGCAGGAAGAACACCAAAAUUUGUGGUUGAGGUGUUGUACAACUUCUUUCCGUCCGAUAAGCAACAUUUAACCCUUACUCAAUAUGAAAAGGUGAAGGUCAUUGAGACUCAUGAAAGUAAUUGGUGGAUCGGAGAGAGAGCAAAUGGAGAAGUAGGAUUGUUUCCAGCAAAUUAUGUGAGGAGAGUGCAAGAUAUUGCGGAAGAAAGUCCAAGACCUAAGGAAAAAACGUUCCAAAAACCUGUCUCUUAUGAUCCGAAUAAGAGUAAAAAAUCAAAGGAAGAACAAUUACAAAAAAGAAAACAAAUUGCCAGUCAAUUAGGUUUGGGUGGCUUGGAUCUUGACGACUUACUUUCCGAAGACGACGAUGACGACGAUAUCUUAAUGUCAUCAGAAGAUGAGCAAGAAAACCCCAACACCACGCUCACAAAACAAUCCUCUACUGCUUCGUUAAAAACACAACCUCCUCUUCCUUCUCAACAACAACAGGUCACUACAGGCAAUAUGCAAAAUGCGACUGGAAAAUUUGUCACCGAAGAGGCCUAUGAAAAGAAAAAGAAAGAAUUGCAAGAGGCUCUCCAAAAACAAUUAGAAGACCAAAAAAACAAAAACCAGACAAGCAGAAGAAAUUCAAAAACUUAA